CUCUAUCUGUACCGCAUGUGCUCUUUCAGCUGAGCGUGGAACCGUGCUGGUCGCGGUCAGUCGGUGCCGGAUUAAUUCCUCGUGUUGUUAUGGCUCUUGGUAGUGAAGUGAAUGACGAUAAUUCUUCAAGACAUACAUCUCAUAAAGUGAAAAAAUGUCCAGUUAAUAAUAAUGUGAACAAUAAAAGUGGUAGCGAGAAUGUUAACAAAGAAAAAGCGGAGAAGCAUUCGGCAAAGAUGAAUAAGGAUAGCGGGACAAAGCCAGUUAUAUGCAGCAAUGGGAACUCAAGUACACCGAAUGGCCGAGCGGAUGACGAAGGUGGCGGCGGUGUCUCGUCCAUACCACGUGUAUCAUACGCAGCCGCCGCUAAGAAAGCUCUAUCGCCAACCAUCAACAAUGCUCCUAUGCAAUUCCCGACUGCUGCGGAAUGCCAGAAGGUUAACAAAAGUGAGAAAUCUUUAGAAGGAAAUUCUGGUGAUGCGACAAUAAAUAUGAAUGGCGAAAAAUCUAUUUCUAAUGAUAAUCACUGUAAGAAAGAUAAAUUAAGCACCAAAGAACCAAUAACUAACGGCACUGAAAUAAAUAGCGUACACAUUGUUAAUGGUAACCCACAAAAAAGUCCUGAUUGUGAUAUUAGUAAUAGUAAUAAUGCUAAACUAGUUUCUAAUGGUAUUAACAGUGAUUUGGAAGAAACCAAAUCAAAUAAAUCUGACGAAAGAAGUACAAUUUCGUCAACUGAUGUAACACCAAACGUUUCGGAUGUAAGUCUUAAUAAAAAAAAGGAAAGUAAAAAGGGAGCUGCGUUGGAAAAGAAUAGUCAAUCCGAAAAGUCUAAAUCUCCUGAAAAACGUAAUGAUGAUAUGGAGGAUGAAAGUAAUGAAGCAAAUUCUAACAAUUGCUCAGAAAAGGCAAACGGUGAUACCAAUAAAAUUGUUAACGGCGAUAAAGACAGAGAGUCAUCACCUAGUGAAGAUGGUGAUGAUAAGAAAAGAGAUGCUGAAGUAGUGUUUAUACAGGAUAUGGGUUUUACUGUGAAAAUUGUAAGUCCAGGCGCUGAGCCCCUCGAUAUUCAGGUGUCUAGUAUGGAGUUAGUACAAGAAAUUCACCAGGUUUUAAUGGAUCGGGAGGAUACAUGCCACAGAACGUGUUUCUCUCUACAAUUAGAUGGUGUAACAUUGGAUAACUUUGCUGAGCUAAAAAAUAUUGAAGGUUUAAAAGAUGGUUCGAUUAUUAAGGUUGUUGAAGAGCCGUACACAAUGCGUGAGGCGCGUAUUCACGUCCGCCACGUGCGGGAUCUGCUGAAAUCAAUAGAUUAUGUGGAUGCCUAUGCCGGUCAGGAAUGCAGCUCUUUAGCGUUUUUAAAUGUUAUUACACAGGGUGAUAUUUUAGAAAAAAAGAAAUCUAGACCCGAAAGUGUAGACUGCACUCCCCCAGACUACAUAAUGCCUGGAAGCACUGAACGGCCCCUGCUUCCGUUACACCCGGGCUUAACUAAGGAAAAUAAAGCCCCGCAAUGUUUAAAGGUGCUAACAACAUCUGGUUGGAAUCCGCCGCCUGGACCACGCAAAAUGUGCGGAGACCUGCUGUACUUGCACGUGAUUACAUUAGAGGACCGGCAGUUCCAUAUCACUGCUUGUCCUCGCGGUUUCUACCUCAAUCAAUCCACCGAAGAAGUGUUCAACCCCAGACCAUCUACACCGUCUCUAUUGUGCCACUCACUAAUAGAGCUGCUUAGUAUCGUAUCGCCGGCGUUUAAACGCAAUUUUGCGCUUGUACAAAAGCGACGCAUGCAAAAACACCCCUUCGAGAGAGUGGCCACGCCCUAUCAAGUCUACCAAUGGGCGUCGCCCAUGCUCGAUCAUACUGUUGACGCUAUACGGGCUGAAGAUACGUUCUCUUCCAAACUGGGUUAUGAGGAGCACAUCCCAGGUCAGACGAGAGAUUGGAACGAAGAGUUGCAAACGACAAGGGAACUGCCACGCGGCACUCUGCCUGAGAGAUUGUUGCGGGAACGAGCCAUUUUCAAGGUACACAGUGACUUCGUAGCCGCAGCUACACGCGGUGCGAUGGCGGUGGUAGACGGCAACGUGAUGGCGAUCAACCCGGGUGAAGAGCCAAAGAUGCAGAUGUUCAUAUGGAAUAAUAUAUUCUUCUCGCUCGGUUUCGAUGUGCGCGACCAUUAUAAGGAUCUUGGUGGGGAUGCUGCCGCUUUUGUUGCACCGCGCAACGACUUACAAGGCGUGCGCGUAUACAGCGCAGUGGACACAGCCGGGUUGCACACACUCGGCACAGUAGUGGUGGACUACAGGGGGUACCGAGUGACCGCACAGUCCAUCAUACCGGGGAUACUGGAGAAGGAGCAAGAGCAGAGUGUUGUGUACGGCAGUAUUGACUUUGGGACCACGGUGCUGUCCCAUCCCAAGUAUAUGGAGCUGCUCAGCAAAGCUGGCCAGCAACUGAAGAUAAUGCCGCACUCAGUGAUCAGCGCGAACGGCGAGACAGUAGAACUUUGCUCCAGUGUAGAAUGCAAGGGUAUCAUCGGCAAUGAUGGCCGCCAUUACAUCCUCGAUUUAUUGCGCACCUUCCCACCAGAUGUUAACUUCUUGCAGUUGCAAGACGAUGAUCUGAGAGAGGACAUAAAAUCGAUGGGAUUCCCAAUUAUUCAUAAGCACAAAUUAUGUUGCCUUAGACAGGAAUUGGUGGAUAGCUUUGUUGAGGCUCGUUAUUUCAUGUUCAUUCGCUAUGCGGCGUUCCACUUACAACAGUUAAGUGCGAAACGUAGCAAGGCCACAGAACAGAAAUCCAUUGAGGCAAAUAAAGAAUCUGAAAAGAAAGAGGCUGUAGCUGAGACUGUAAAAGAAAAGAGAGACACUAAGAGUCAGGAGAAGGAAACGAAAGAUAAAAAAGGAAAAGAUGCUAAGGAUAAGAAGGCUAAGAAAGAAGAGAAGGCUGAAAAGGCAGAAAAGACAGAAAAGGUUGAAAAGACGGAAAAGGUAGAAAAGGUUGAAAGGGCAGAAAAGGUUCCAAAGACAGAAAAGGUUGAAAAAAUUGAGAAGGUUGAGAAAGUUGAAAAGGAAGUUAAAAAAGAUGCGGAAAAAGAUGGCGAAGAUUUGCUUCUAAAUGAGAACCUUUCCGAAAUCGAUACAGAUGUUGCAAAGAAAAUAGUUGAAAGUAUUACAGAUUCUAUUUGCAGUGGAGAGAAACAGGAAAACGAUACUGGUGAACGUUCACGCGCAGUGGUAGCUGCAGCAGCUCGUGCAGUGGCCUCUUUGAAGGAGUCAGAAUUCGAUGUUCGUUUUAACCCAGACGUGUACUCGCCGGGCAUCAAACAUGCUGCCUCACCGGAACAGCUUGCUAAACAACGGCAUCUGGUCAAGGAGGCUGCUGCCUUCUUGCUUACCACACAGAUUCCUGCUUUUGUACGCGAAUGUCUCGAGCACACGUCCGCUCCCAUGGACGGCGCGGGCCUGACUGAAGCACUACACGCACGUGGUAUCAACGUGCGCUAUCUCGGACGCGUGGCCGUCGCGUUGAAACCGCACGCUUCAUUGAGUUACUUGCACGCUAUUGCGGUCGCUGAGCUUAUACUGCGGUCUGCGAAACACGUGUAUACAACUUAUUUGCAGGGUUGCGAAGCCAUGUGCACGGGCGCGGCCGUCUCCCACUUCCUGAACUGUCUGCUGGGCGCGUGCGGUUCCCCCGUAGCGUCUGCUAUAGAAGCCCCCGCCGCGGCCCGCUCCACCAGACCCCGCGGGCGCCGCGCCAGACGGGCUCGUCACGCGUCUCCCCCCUCGCCCGCCUCCCCCUCACCCGACUGGCAGAACUUAACGCCCAAGACGCUGUUCGCGCAAAUUAAACAGGAGCUAAAGGCUUACUGGGGAUAUGAAUUGAAUGCUGAUAACAUGGAUGCAGUUAUAGAGAAGCAUGGUCUACAAAAAAUUUCUCUGCUCAGGUCGUUCGCACUUAAAGUUGGCUUACAAAUUAUGCUUAGAGAAUAUGACUUCGACAAUAAAAACAAGACUACAUUUUCUUCAGCCGAUAUUAUGAAUAUAUUCCCAGUUGUUAAACAUAUCAACCCAAGAGCCUCCGACGCGUACAACUUCUACACAACCGGCCAGAACAAGAUUCAAGCGGGCGCCGUAUCCGAAGGCCACGAACUUAUUGGCGAAGCCCUAAACCUUCUCAACAACGUAUAUGGAGCUAUGCAUGGAGAGAUAGCGCAGUGUUUGCGUAUGGUAGCUCGCUUGUGCUAUGUGACCGGGGAACAUAGAGACGCAAUGGCGUACCAGCAGAAGGCAGUGCUUAUGUCGGAACGUGUUAAUGGCAUCGACCACCCGUAUACUAUAACGGAAUAUUCUCACUUGGCGUUAUACUGCUUCGCAAACGGGCAAGUGAGCACAGCGUUGAAGCUGUUGUACCGCGCGCGUUACCUUGCCUUGCUGAUUUGCGGUGAAAACCAUCCGGAGAUGGCUCUCCUUGAUAGCAACAUAGCGCUGAUCCUGCACGCGGUGGGCGAGUACGAGCUGUCGCUGCGGUUCGCGGAGCGGGCGCUGGCGGUGACGAGCGCGACGCACGGCGGGCGCUCGCUGAAGGCGGCGGUGGCGCGCCACCUGCUCGCGCGCACGCUCUCCUGCCUCGCCGACUUCCGCGCGGCGCUCGCGCACGAGAAGGAGACCUACACCAUAUACAAGGCGCUGCUGGGUGAGAAGCACGAGAAGACGCGCGAGUCGUCGGAGUGCCUGCGGCACCUGACGCAGCAGGCGGUGGUGGUGCAGAAGCGGCUGGCGGAGUUCGGCAAGCCCGCGCUCGCCCCGCACCCGCACCCGCCCAUACACAUCCAGCCGCCCGCCAUGGCCUCCGUCAUCGAUAUGCUCAACCUGAUCAACGGGAUACUCUUCGUGCAGAUUAGUCCCCAAGACAUAGAGCAGUUCAAAGCGGAGAUAGAGAAAAGACAGUUGAAGGACCUGCCGAUACCGAGCGCGCUGAACGAGCCGGACAAGAGCGACGCGCCCAAACGUGCCGACAGUUGAACGUAGCGGGGACACGUAGCCAUAGACACCCCGUUUUGUAUUGUCUAUGGACUCGAGAGUUGUGCACUCUGUGCUUGUCUAUGCCUCACUGAGUGAACGAAUUGGGAAUGAAUGACGCGGGAUUUUGUUUUGGAUAUACAAAAAGUGCAAUAAAAAAUUAUGUAGGUCUUUAAACGAAUUAGAGCCAAGUGUUAAUGAUAUUGGAGAUAAUGCUUGGUUGAUACAAAAAUUACUUCUAAAUUAUUUUAAAGAAUAUAACUAGUUAUGGAAAAGAAUAUAUAUUGGUGUGGUCGUUUAUUUACAAAUUUGCUCACUCAUGUAGACAUAGAAUAUAGUUACCAAUACUAUAGUCGUUACUACUGUAAUUUUAAAGCUAUUUGACUAAUCAAUUGAAAUGAAUCCUAUGAUCUAUAUUGAUGUUGUUGAUGGAAUUUUAAAUAUGUAUCGUACUUAGUUCAGAGGUGUGCCCAAUGCAGCAUGAUUGAAGAAAAUUGUUAAUACCUCUAGUAAACUUUAAAAUACUAAGGUAUAUGUAUUUUCUGAAAUAUGUAUAACUUUUAAAACUAGGUAUAUGAAGUCGUCCAAAGUCCGUUGAAAUGAAUGCACAACUUUCGAGCCCUUUAAUUUUAUCGAUUGAUGAUAUUGUUCCUUAUUAUCUAUGAAUGUAUGCUGUAGUGAAUAGUGUGCUAAGGUUUGAUGUAGAUUUUUUUUUGUUAGACAAAUUUUGAGAAAAUUAUUUUGAUCAAAUAUAAUUAAGUGUUAUUUUAUAAAUUCUCGCAAUGCGCAAUAGUGUCUAUGCAUGAGCGUUAUAUUCGGUUCGAUCGGCGGUUAUCGUGGAUUUAUUUCGUAUUUCGACGCCUCCUUGCAAUCACGGUCGCCCACAAGUAGUGCAAUUUAUGUAGUGAUAAUAGCAGUAAGUUUUGGUUGUGAUCCCGAAAGUGCGCGUCGCUGUAAUGCUGUACUGGUGCUACUGCCAAUUUGUCUUAUAUCUAUUAUUAUACGAUGGUUUAUCGAUUGUUAACGACGAGCAAUAAUUGUCUUAUUCGAUUGUGGGUAUAUUGUUGGAGUACCGAUAGUUGGUAGAGGAUUGAAUAUAUUGUCAUUGAAAUGUAACCGGUCUCGGAAAUGGCUCCCCUAGAAUGUGAAAAGUUUUGUUGCUACGGAUAAGCAAGGGUACUUGUGAUAAAGCGCCGAUUAAAUACUGCCUUAACGAUUCGUCUUUAGUUCUCUGAUUUUAGCGUAGUUAGUGCCAUAUGUGUAGUGAGAGUUAGUUUUUUUUAUUAAUAUUUUCUGUUAGACUGUGAUAUGGUGUCGAAUCAUCGAGUGACUUGCCUUGUCGAAGCAAUGGAGCUUUUGCCUAUCAAAUUACGCUUUACUAUGAUUAUGAAAUUUUAAUGAAAUAUCAAAUACAAUUUUAGAACUGUAAAAUGACGAAAAUGUUUUAUUCUUCUAAUUAUUCAUAUAUCUGUCUGUGUGUUAUGAUUAUUGUCUUUCUCGAGAUAUGAAUGUAAUCACUUAGCAUGUCAAUGAAUUUUAAUAAAUAUCGUAAAGAACGAUGAUGCCCUGUAUACUAAUGUAUUUUUAUAUGUUACGUUUUCCAACUCGAGCAAAAUAAAUGUAUAAAAUUUCGAGCACAAAAUCUUGCAAUAAUUUAUGUACGCUGUUAUAUAUUUCCGUUGUUUUUUCUGUUUACGUUUUUUAUGCUUUAUUUUAAUUUCUGGAAUCAAGCCUAUCUAUGUAAAGUUUUGAUUUAUUUUUUGUAUAAAUUAUGAGACUCUGCCAACUAACAUUAAAUAUUGUUUAAUUGUCAUCAAAUGCGGGAUGUAAGUUUUGGAUCACAAUAGUGAGGUACACCGUACAAGUGACAUUGCGUAGGUUUUAGAGCCGAAUUAUAGCGAUGCGCAUCGCAUUCUGGUGCAAUAAGUAAGUUUGUAUUGGUGUUCACAAUCCUAUGGUUAUAUUACCUUGUUCCGAAGAUAGAUGUUAUAUAAUAUAAGGUGUUGGUCGAUACGAUACGUGCCUAAACUUACAAUAAUGAUGUUGUUGUUGUUACAUUUCUUUAACAAUAUAACGAUCAUGUAAAUACGACGCUGUUCGUAGUUCACUAAUAAAGUUCGUUUUUAAUUUA